AUGGAAGCAUACCCGUCCGAGCUGCGCGAGGUCCCUUGCCCGCUCGUGGCCGCGCUCGGGCCCAAGGACAUCCAGACGCGCAUCCUCCCGGUGCUGCGCUCGGUCAACGAUGAGUUCAUUCCGCGCAUCCACUUUACGAGCGCGAGCUACGAGCACCGGUUUGUGUUCCCGGCCAAGAAGGAGAAGGCGGAGAUGGCCAAGGCGCCAGCCAAGACCGGUAUCCUCAAAACGCGCUGGCUCAAGAAGCACCACGAGCUGCUGCCCUCGCUCGUGCUGCUCUUCUAUGCGUUCGAGCCGCGCCUCGCGCAGCGCGACUGGGCGAUCCAAGAAACGGUCAUCCGCGACGAAGUCGAGGAUCUUCGGCGCAACCUCGCGGGCCGCGACUGCAAGAUCUUGCUCGUGCUCGUGCAGCUGCUCGACGAUGGCCCGCCGUCGAACGGUGGCAACGCGGACGAGCGGCUCGCGAGCCUCCGGAAGCGCGCCGAGCUCGACUCGAAGAGCGUGUACCUAUUGAAAGAGGCGAGUCGCACGUCGCCCAUGAUCAUCAAGCUCGAGCGUGCGAUCCGCGAGCAUGCAAUCGAGUACUACAAGACGCAGGCCAAGCGCGUCAAGAAGGCCAAGAAGCCGUCGCGCGCCAUCGCCGUGCGCCAUGGGUUCAAGGUCGGGCACUACUACGAGUUUCGCCGCCAUACGGUCAAGAUGCUGCAGCACUACGAAGGCGCGUACAAAGCGCUACUAGCGAUGCCCAUGACGAGCUCGGACGCCGAGCCCGACGCGCACACGCAGAUCAAGGCGGUCGCCGAGUUUCUCCACUUCAAGCUCGUGUACCACCACAUCUUUUCGUCGCACAACCUCAAGCUCGCGAUCGACCAGCUCCAUCGACACAUGAAGGCCUUUAGCCGCGCGGUUGGGCCGCUCGACCGCGCGUACGAGCACUGGGCGUGGGUCUCGCGGCAGUACCACGUGUUUGGCCAGCUCCUCUUGGAGGCGCAGUCGCUCAAGCUCUCGUCAGCCGGCGUCGAGUCGGACAUGUACAAGGAGCCGUACCUCUACUUCAGCGCGGCCGCCAAGUACGCGACGUGGCGCCGCAAGGCCGCGGCCAAGCUCGGCGCGAGCUUCGACGCGUCGGCGACCACCGAUGGCGUCGUCGUGACGCCGUCGGCCUUUGUCGGCGGCGACCCGACGUUGCCGAGUGGCGGCCCGACCUUGGCCGAGUGGCGCACACGGCUGGAAACAUGCGUGCCGCAAGCCCACCUUGGUAUCCGCCUCUUGGAGCUCGCGACGCAGUACCUCGUGCACUACCAGAGCAACCACAUGCCGCGGCACCGGCUCAAGAACCGGUUCUUAUUGCGUCUUGGCAUCGAGCGGCUUGCCGCCAACGACUAUCCGCAAGCGCGCAUCGAUUUGAGUCGGGCCAAACUCGCGUACAGCCAAGAGCGAUGGUGGGCGCAGGUGUCGCAGGUGCUCAAGCAACUCCUCCUCUGCGCGUUUUACCAGCGCGACACGCUCUCGUACCUCGACUGUACGCUGCAGCUGCUCUCGCCCAAAGUCGAAGAGUUUGUACCGCACGCGGAGCGACUCACGCUCCUCGACGGCUUUCUGCAUGCGUGGAUGACCCCGACCGACGACGAAGUGCUGCCCGAGCCGUCGUACGAACUUGCGCUCGACCGGGCGCGGCCCGUCAUCUACUGCGGCGUCGAAUUCUCCAGCACCGAGGCGUACGUCUGCGAUCGGUUGACGCUGACAUUGACGCUCGAGUCGUCGCUGCCGGCACCGCUGACCAUGACCAAGAUCGCGGUCGUCUUUAGCGACGACCGGUACGACCAGAUGCUCCUCCAUGGCGACGAGUGGGACUUGACGCUGCCGUCCAAAGCGCCGACGACGCUGUCGCUGACAAUGACGCUCCUCCAUGACGGCGCGUCGAUGCUGCAAUGCCACGAAGUGCGCUUUGUGCUGGAGAACCCGCGCGGCCAGAGCUUGAUCUUGGUCGCGCGGACGUCGCGGCCGAAUGUGCACAUCCUCAAGCGUCGCAACAGCCUCGUCGCCUGGGACGGCGUCGUCCCUGGCAUGGGCAUGGGCGCCGGGUCGCCGAGCUUCCAGCGCUCGAAAGCUCCCGAAUUGCUCUACGACGAGCCGGACGACGUUGGCGACGUCGGCAGCUUUGUCACGAUUCUGCAGCCGAGAGCCCACGCGCGUCUCGAUCUCGACGUCAAUGCGCCGACGCAUGUGCUUGUCAACGACCUCACGACGAUUCCGCUCGUCCUCUCGUCGCUCGACGAUGUCGUGGACGCCGCGACGUAUCGAAUCGUCUGUGAGCCGUCCUCGGCGACGCUCCUGGACGCGCAUUUGCUCUACGACGUCGGUACGAAGGCACCUCUCGCCCUCGACGACGUUGGCCAGCCGACGGACGUCUUUGCCCUCGCGUCGAUGGCGCCGCAGACGACGCAGAGGCUGGACAUUGGCCUCAAGUGCUCCACGCCGUGUGCACUCACGGUGCAUGUCAUGGUCCAGUACACGACGGCGGUCGGCGUGACCGUAUCGCUUGACGCAAGCUUUGAGUUUGGCUGCAAGGAGCCACUGGCACUGAGUGCGCUCUUGCAUGCACCGUUUCCGACAGCGCGGCUGGCGCCGUAUGUAGCGACCGUCGGGCGCCACGUGCACUUGUACGCGACUCUCUCGAGCGUCGCGCUGAUGCCGCUGGAGAUUCUCUCGAUUGACGCGUCGAUGACCGAUGACGUGGCCGUCGAGAGUCUUGUCGGUGCCGUCUCGGAUGGCUUUGCACUGAGUGACGGCGACCAGCACAGCCUCGUGGUACGGCUCGUGCCCCGCGCGAUGCUGGCGCAAACGAGCGUGGGGUGCGUCAUCGUACACUGGCGCCGGCCCCACGGUGACGUGGUCGCGUCGACGCUGCCAUUGCCGCCAAUGACGUUUGUUGUGUCGCCCGUCAGCGUCGACGUCGAUGUCCCUGCGUUUGGCCGCGAAGGGCACUUGGCACCGCUGCGCUUGCAUACAACCAACCACACGCAUGGCGUGCUCAAGGUCCAAGUCAAGCUCUCGAACGACUCGGAUUUCCUCGUUUCAGGCGUCACCGAGUGCACGGAGGAGGUCUUGCCGGGCGAGGUGCUCACAUCCACGUUUGGCUUGAUUCCGAUGCAGUCGGGGCAUCUCAAGUUGCCCAAGAUGGAAGUGCUGCACGUCGACGCCAACGAGUGGAUCGUGUCGGUGGACGAGCGCACCGAGCUCUACGUGGUGCCAGCCAACUACACUGCUGAGAUUGCAGCCUAG